AAAGGAGGAAGACCCGUAAAAUUCAGAGAGCAAAUCGGAGGAAAUGGAAAAAAGGAUGGAUGCUGAGGAGGAAAAAUUUUGAUCAGAGACCAGGAUCUGGAAGUGGUACCAAAAAGAUCAUGAUCGUUCUUUGUGCUUUAAUCUUUUCACCAGUUUCUCUAGAUGCCACGUGGACACUGGAAGCUUAAAAGUCACCGAGAGUUAGCAGCCCUAGAUGUCCUUUGUCAUUUGAACAAAAUGAGCAGACAAAAUGUAUGUCUAAAAUUUAAGGACUACUUUCUUCUGGUUCUGGAGCAACAUUGACAAACAAUUGUGCCGUGUCUGUAUCUUCUGGUUUAAACAAACAUCAGAUUGCUUGUAUUGUGGACCAGUGCUCAUGUGACACGUUGUGCGCCUGCUGUUCAGCUGAGGGCAAGAUUAUACUAACUGAACUGGACAGGAUGCUGACUUUCUCAAAAACAUCCUCCAGCCUGCGGCAGCGAGCUAGCUCUUGAUUUAAGACCUCUUCUGUUCCGUCUCAGAUGUCAGGACUGCAAAACAACACCAACUGUUAAAAGGAUGGUGCACAGAAGGUUGGGCUCAGCCUUGAGGACGGGACAAAAACAACUGCUUUCCCUUUGAUGACUUGAAUGACCAACUCUCUCUACCUGAGAAUGGACUAAAAAUCUGGGGCAGCAUUCGAAAUUCAAACAAGAGUUGUGAGGCGGGAUGUUUGGAAUAACUGUUGGCAACCUUAAGGAUAGCAACACCUAUCCAAGACGACAGCUUUGACUCAAACAUAGAGUGGACCUCUACCCUGGUGAAACUCUGGCUGCUCUGAUUCCCAAGCAAAGCAUCCUGACGGCACAAUGCUGUGUGCUCAGGGUGUGGCCGCACCCCUAAUGCUGAGCUCUCUUCUGCUGCAGCUAGUCAGAGCCAAUCUCCCUUCUGGCUGCCUGAUUGCAUCCGAUAUCCUGAGCUGCACCAACCUUGGCCUCGACCAAGUCCCGGUAGAGUUGCCUGUAAUGGUUGCGACUCUGGACUUCAAUCACAACCGCUUAGAACAUCUUGAGGAGGGUAGCUUCGCUGGUCUGCCCAAUCUUGACACCGUACGGUUAGCCCACAAUCAGCUGAGCAGACUCACUCCUGGAACCUUCCGGAAUACAAGCAACAUACGCCAUCUGGACCUUUCCUCCAAUCAACUGAACAUUAUAGAGGAGCACUACUUUCAAGAGUUAGUAGGAAUCAAGGAGUUACUCCUUUACAACAACCACAUAGUGAGGGUAGAAAGCAAAGCCCUGAGUGGUUUGAGUAACCUGCAAAAAGCCUACCUAAGCCAUAACAGACUGACAGAUUUCCCCUUCUUUUCUAUUCAAGAACAUCCCAAUCUCACAACUCUGGAUCUAAGCUCGAACCGUAUGCCCAACCUUCCUGUCAAAGACAUCGAAGCUCUAAAGGAAAAGAUACAGAGUGGGUUGUUCCUGCACAACAAUAGCCUAAUUUGUGAGUGCUCCAUGUACAGCCUGUUUAAACAAUGGGAGUACAGAGGUUUUACCUCAGUGACAGAUUUUUGGGAGGAGCAUACUUGCUUGAUUUACGGUGAGCAACGUGCUAUGGUGCGUUUUCUUAAGCAUGUACGAUACUUUGAGAAUUGCAAAAUAAAACCUCCAGUGAAGAAAGUUAGUAUGGAGGCAUAUGCUGGGGACUCAGUGAUGUUAGAUUGUAUAACAUCAUUAAAGGGAAAGCAUCUCAACUAUUCGUGGAUAUCCGACCGUUACGGAUACAUUGCUCCUCCUUUUAGUAACAAUACGCUGCGAAUGCAUUCAAAUGGUUCUUUGGAAAUCUUGGCUCUAGACAUAAACGACUCUGGGGUGUACUUGUGCAUGGUUCAAAACCAUCAAGAGUCAAGCAACGAUUCUCUUGAAGUUAAUGUAACCGUGCAGAUCCGCCAUCAAGAGGACGAGCCCUUUAACACUGGCUUUACAACCCUUCUGGGCUGCGUUGUCAGUCUGAUUUUGGUCCUUAUGUACCUCUUCUUGACACCCUGUCGCUGCUGGUGUCGCAAACAGCCUAUACCAGCAACACCGAAUCCUGCGAACGAAUGCAGUGCCCAGUCGUCUAUCCUGACACCCACGCCACCUGCCACUACGGAGGGCCCCGGCCGCAAGGUCAGUAACAACAAGCAUGUGGUCUUUCUGGAACCCAUCAAGGAGGCACAGAAUGGGAGGCUGCAGGCAGCACUGGCCCUUGAUUAUCCCAAGCUGGCAGUGACGCGGAGUGAUGCUGACUCUGUCACUUCUGUCUUCUCAGAUACCACUAUUGUGCCAUAGCGGCUGCUUACUGUCAUCCCAAUGACCUGCUCAAACGAGCACGUGGGUCCUUCAACGUGUCAGUCUGCAACUGCACAGCUACUCAGGACAGAUCAGGAAGAUGGCUUGCAAGCCCAUAGCAGGGAGCAGGACAGAGCAGAUACAAUUAGAGAGAAGAAAGAUAUAAAAAC